AAUGGUUUUGUGACGUCAACAUUUCAGCUCUAUUAGGAAGUCAGGGUGCCUUCAUGAACAUAAAAGCAGAGAGAAGUCGGCUGAAAGCGUUUUUGUCAACUGCAUAAGCAUGAAGACUUUCAGCUUUAUCCUAACCCCAGCUGUCCUCAUGCUGCUGAUGGCAGCCGGCUGGACCAGCGCCUACAAGCCCGUCAUCCUUGUCCACGGGAUCUUAAGUGGGCCUAGGUCUUUUAAGAUGCUCACUGGAUUCAUCAAGAAGGCACAUCCAGGUACCAAGGUGACAGCGAUUGAUCUGUUCAACUAUGGAAACAGCACUAAGCCCAUGUGGAACCAGGUUGAAGGUUUCGCCUUCGUCAUCCAAAAAAUCAUGGAGAAGUCUCCAGAGGGAGUCCAUCUUCUGUGCUUCUCUCAAGGGGGUCUAAUUUGCAGAGGAGUUCUUUCCACUCUCCCAAACCACAACGUGCACAGCUUCAUUGCGCUGUCUUCACCGCUGGCUGGGCAGUUUGGAGUGCCGGAUGUCUUGCGCAAAAUUUUUCCCCUUCCUGCAAGAGAAUUAGUGUACCUUUUAUGCUACAAAAAAUAUUCACAGGAGAAAGUUUCAAUUUGCAACUAUUGGAACGAUCCUCAUCACAGGAAACAAUACCUGGAAUACAGCAACUUCCUGCCACUGCUGAAUGGAGAAAAACCGCACAGCAAUUUUGCAGCCUGGAGAAAAACCUUCCUGCGCAUCAAGAAGCUGGUGCUGAUUGGAGGACCGGAUGAUAAUGUCAUCACCCCGUGGCAGUCCAGCCUCUUUGGAUUCUACAACCACAAUGAAGAAGUUGUUGAAAUGAAGGAACAGAUGGUAAGUGGUUGCAAGAGGUUUUAACCACACGUUUAGUAAAACUAGACAUCAUUUACAGUGAUUGUAGGAUUAUAUGGUAAAAAAAAACAGUACCUUUAUCAAUCCUUAAAUAAUGA